GCCAAAUUUCAAGGUCGCUGUUGGAUGAAUGCACGUGACUCUCUCAAAUUUACGAUGAUUGCAAAAAAACACAAAAAUUUAGAGACUACACUUUCAAGUCAAUACAGUUGCUGUCAAGGCUCGAUGCAGUCCAUUUCUCGAGCAUUUUCAAAGCUCUCUGUAGCUUCAUAUUCAAAGACCUUGAAUGCUGCAGUGCCAUGUGCAUUGAUUCGGUCAUACGCUACAACUUCCAACAGGGCACCGAGACAUCGCUUGUUAGACGAAAGUAAUGCUGCUGAUCUUUCAAAGGUCGAUCCCAUUCUUGAUUUCUCUGACAACAAGCCUGCAAACUUGGAUCAGUCAAAGACUUUUCCAUUCAACCGACCACCUGAAGUAGUUCUUAACACAGUCACGGACAAUGUCGACACGCCGUUGGAUCGCCUCGAGCAAAUGCGCUUGUUGAAGAAGGCUCUUGUUGUCAAGCGUGUCGUCAACAUGAACGGUAAAGGAAAGCAACCUUCUAUGUACGCACUCGUUGUGGUCGGAAACGGCAAUGGCCUCGCUGGGUAUGGUGAGGGUAAGGAUGAGGAAGCUAGCCGAGCAGUACGAAAAGCAACCAACCGAGCGAUCAAGAACAUGCGAUACUUUGAACGUUAUGAUGAGCGAACCCUUGCUAUGGAUGUUUCACACAAAUUCCAUGCUACUACCAUUCACCUUCGCAGCCGACCUCCAGGUUUUGGUAAUCGAUCCAAUCAUUAUAUCCACGAAAUUUGCCGUUGUGUCGGUAUUCAUGAUUUGAGCGGUAAGGUGAUGGGAUCACGCACACCUAUGAACGUCAUCAAGGCUACAUUCGAAGCUCUCCAACAUCAAAAGUUCCCUGAGGAAAUUGCACAACUUAGAGGCAAGAAGCUGGCUGAUGUUCAACACACAUACUAUGGAGCACAAUAGAUUAUUUUUUUUUUAGAAUGACCCUCCGUUCGGGUGCAGUAUUUUUACUUCUUUGCAUUAUAGUAUAUAUAAAAAAAGCCAAUUUUUUUGCUAAAGACCAUUCCUGGAGAAGAAGCCAUGAAGAACAGUUCUGGUUCACGCGCGGUCAGGUGAGCAUGCUGUUUAUGGG